UAUUGUGUGCCCGUUUUCUAAAGGCAUUUGGGAUAUGGCUUUACAGACACAUAAAAUAAAGAUACAGCUCACACAGCAUCGGCCAAUGAAUUGAGGAACGUGGCACGUGGUAGCUUCACAUGUGAAAGGCCCACCCCCAAAGUCUUAACUCUUAAGUUUGCGAGUAACUCUCAUUGUGGGAGACUUGCAGUUGCAAGAGACGGGUUGGUAUGAUAAUCUAGAGGCUGGUGGGUUGCAAGGACGGUGGCGAUCAUGGAAGUUGUGAUAUGGGUUCCACCGUGCAUGUGGUGUAAGCUUGGUCCAAAAGUCCAAACCCCACAUCACCAUCGUCCAUGUGUAAAGCAUCUGUGCAUUUUUCAGUGUCCUACACUUUAGAGAUAAGCAUGAAAAGGGGGGAAAAAAAAGAGCUGGUUCUUUGAACUUCCUUGCAGACACAUAUAUGUCGAUGGGUAAUUAAGAGAUUCGUUUGUGUGUUUCUAAAUUAAAGGUUUGACAAUGUAGUUUGGAGCAGCGUGGCACCUCCGGCCAAUCAUUCCAAUUCUGUGGGUGAUGGGUAUUGGCUUCUGAUAUGUAUCUGUGAGGAUUUGAGGAAGCUUCCCGUUUGUGAGUUUGAGAAAACUUUAGCACAAAGACAGAGGAUAAGGACAAGGUGUUUUGAGAUUGUAUUCGCGUGAACAGUAUCCAUUACCGACACCCCUGCCGCCACCCUCUGCCACCGUAUCACAAACUGCCAUGUGCCCUUUUCUUAGUUCUCUCUCCACCAUUUGUGGGCUUCCCUUCAUUUUCGGGUCUUUUGUUUCUCCUGCAAACAUUGAAGUUAUGAUCCAACCCUAAAUUCAUGCGCUGAAAGUGGAUUUGUACAGCUUCUUCCUUGGUUUGUUUUUAUGAUAUCCCACAUGGUUGGAAUCAAGGAGAAGUUGUAUAUAAAUGGUGACAAAUGGUAUAUAUAGAGUCGAUGGGAGAGCUUGACCCCACUUGCGAUACUCCCGUAUGUAUUGUUUUGGGAUACUUUUGACGCUUUCUGCUUCUAGUCUCAAUAAAAUACUGGGAAAGAUACUGAAGAUUUUGCUUAUAACUGGGAAUUUUUUUAUUUGAUAGAGAUGCGAUGCGAUGAGAGGUCCAUCCCCAUUAAAAUUCUUCCACAAAGGGUUAUCUCCAACUCCUCCCAGUCCCAGUCCUACUCAUCUCAACCAUCUACUGAACACAGCCAUUCAAACCAGAAGCCUCAAGCAUGCUACCCAAAUUCAUACUCAAAUCAUCAUAAAAAACUAUACAUCCCUGCCUUUUCUUUUCAACAACCUCAUCAACUUAUAUGCGAAAUGUGGGUGUCUCAAUCAAGCCCUCCUUCUCUUCUCAAUCACCCAUCACCAUUUCAAGACUAUUGUCACUUGGACAUCUCUUAUCACCCACUUAUCUCAUUUCAACAUGCACCUCCAAGCCUUAUCCCUUUUCAACCAAAUGAGGUGCUCUGGUCCCUACCCCAAUCAAUUCACCUUCUCUUCAAUUCUAUCCGCUUCUGCCGCCACCAUGAUGGUUCUGCAUGGUCAACAGCUGCAUUCUUUGAUCCAUAAACAUGGGUUUGACGCGAAUAUCUUUGUUGGCACCGCUUUGGUUGACAUGUAUGCCAAGUGUGCUGACAUGCACUCCGCAGUGAGAGUGUUUGAUCAAAUGCCUGAGAGAAACCUGGUUUCCUGGAAUUCUAUGAUUGUCGGGUUCUUUCAUAACAACUUGUAUGAUAGGGCAGUUGGGGUUUUCAAGGACGUUCUUAGGGAGAAAACGGUCAUUCCCAAUGAAGUUCUUUGAUGAAGGUGUCAAGCUGUUUCAGUGUGUGGGGGAUAGAGAUGUUGUAACAUGGAAUGUACUGGUUAUGGGGUUUGUCCAAAAUGACAAAUUUGAAGAAGCGUGCAAUUAUUUUUGGGUCAUGAGGAGGGAAGGGAUUUUACCUGAUGAGGCCUCAUUCUCUACUGUUCUUCAUUCUUCCGCUAGUCUGGCUGCAUUACAUCAAGGCACUGCAAUCCAUGAUCAGAUAAUAAAAUUAGGGUAUGUGAAGAAUAUGUGCAUUUUGGGAUCUUUAAUUACAAUGUAUGCAAAAUGUGGGAGCCUGGUUGAUGCUUAUCAAGUCUUUGAAGGGAUUGAGGAUCACAAUGUGAUCAGUUGGACAGCCAUGAUCUCAGCUUACCAGCUGCAUGGCUGUGCAAACCAAGUGAUUGAAUUGUUUGAGCAUAUGCUAAGUGAGGGGAUUGAACCGAGUCAUGUUACUUUUGUCUGUGUUCUAUCAGCUUGUAGCCAUACUGGGCGUGUUGAAGAGGGACUUGCUCACUUCAAUUCCAUGAAGAAAAUUCAUGAUAUGAACCCUGGGCCCGAACACUACGCCUGCAUGGUUGACUUGCUUGGUCGUGCUGGUUGGUUGGAUGAAGCUAAGAGGUUUAUAGAAUCAAUGCCAAUGAAGCCCACCCCAUCUGUCUGGGGAGCUCUGCUUGGGGCUUGCAGGAAAUACGGCAAUCUGAAAAUGGGAAGAGAAGCUGCAGAGAGACUUUUUGAGAUGGAGCCAUAUAAUCCGGGAAACUACGUGCUGCUUGCUAACAUGUGCACACGCAGUGGAAGGCUGGAAGAAGCUAAUGAGGUGAGGAGAUUGAUGGGUGUCAAUGGGGUAAGAAAGGAACCUGGCUGUAGCUGGAUUGAUGUUAAGAACAUGACAUUUGUGUUCACUGCACAUGAUAGAUCACAUUCAAGUUCGGAUGAGAUCUAUAAGAUGCUAGAGAAGUUGGAGAAAUUGGUGAAGAAGAAAGGGUAUGUGGCUGAAACUGAAUUUGUCACUAACCAUCUGGAAGAGAACGAGGAGGAGCAGGGCUUGUGGUAUCACAGUGAGAAACUAGCCCUUGCAUUUGGACUACUAACCCUUCCUAUCGAUUCUCCAAUUAGAAUAAAGAAGAACCUGAGGACUUGUGGUCAUUGUCAUACAGUUAUGAAACUUGCUUCAAAGAUUUUUGACAGAGAGAUUAUUGUCAGGGAUAUCAAUCGGUUCCACCGGUUUGCAGAUGGUUUUUGUUCCUGUGGAGAUUACUGGUGACUAGACUCAGCAUAAUUUGAUGAGUCCCAAACACCAUCUUGGAAGCCUCUCUUUUUUCAUUUUCCUUUUUAAUCGAAGUUAACAUUAUUUUAAAAAAAAUGUCAAAAUAAUGUCACCCUUAGCAGUGUUGUAUUUUUUGAGCUGCCUAACCGAAUUUCUUCUGUAACAUUAUUAUCAAAUCUUGAGAAAUCUUCUUUAAAGGAAGCUAGAGUUCUGGCUUAGACUAGCA